AUGUUACGUACUAAAAUCUACAUUUUCUUAAGUGCCCUGGGCGCAAUAUUCGGAGUAUCUGCAUUUAUAUGCUUCUCUAUAGUUUACGCUAAUAUAGAAGCUGGGAUGUGGGCAUUAUUAUCGGGUAUACAUGCCAGUCUAGCUUUGGUAUUACACUGUCAUUACUUAAAAGAAUCACUGCAUGUCAAUUUCUCAAGAAAGGCCUUGCAAUAUAUUGGUGACUUUGGAAUUGUCGGUUUUGUGUCUGGAUUAGCCCUCACUCUGUUUUAUACUUUUUUGGAAAUCUACUAUAAAGCAGAUAUUGUUCCUAUCCAGACAAGUAUCAUAAUACGUCUGAUUUGGUCAUUUAUGAUGAUGAAGUGGGGUUUGACUCUCUAUUUGUUCACUAAGAAAUAUUUGCGUACAUAUAAUGAUGAUCAACUGUUUUCUGAAAAUCCUAACAUAGAGGAGACAUAA